AUGAGUGAACAUUGGAACAAAUCAGCAUUACCUUACUUUGUCAUUGUACAAGACCAGUCUGAGGUGAAUCAACAAACUUUCAAUAAUACAAGACGUAAUUCUUUAUUGACUCCUCAAACAAAUUCUGAUCAUCAUGGGAAUUCAAGUACUAGUACUUAUGGAAAUGUCUUCUCAUCAUCCCAAAAUUAUUAUCCAGAAAUCAAAUAUGUGUUCCAAGAUGAUGAUGAUCAUUAUGACCUAGAAAACCAACUUGAUGAAGAUGAAGAAGCAAUUGUAUUGGAAAUGGAUUCAAAUGGUGAUGAGGUUAUUGGUUAUAAAUCACUUACGCCAGAUUUACAAAUAAUGAAUGUUUCAAUUGAUGAUAAAAACUUGACAAAGAGAAUAUCAUUAAAUACAACAAGAGCUGAAUUAGAAAAUUUCGAUUCAUUAAAACCUGAUAAAGAUUUGAACUAUAUCAGGAAAUUAGCAGAUCUUUAUAAAUUAAGAUCACAACAAUUAGAAUCAAUACUUUAA